GUGGGACAAGAGAUGGAAUCCCAAGAGCAGGGUAACUGCAUUUCAAAAGACAGAAGUCCCAGGUCUGGGGACAAGUCCAGACAAUUUCCAAGGACUAAUUUAGUAGUUCAGACUAAGAAAGUAUGCCAUGACAACUCUUGCUGUGCAAGGUUGCAUCAUGUUGACCCCAAAGUAAAGACACCUUAUGAAAAUUGUGUUCCCCAAGAGCAGACACCUGGUACAAGUUCUUUGGCAAAGACCAUCAGUAAGCCCAAAAUUCACCCUGAUAAACAUCUGAGUUCUGGAACCAGGUUAGCUCAGAGUCCGAAAGAUUCUUCCCAACCACCAACGUGUCUUUCUAUUCUAAGUGAAUUUUUCAAGCCAGAGAGGCUAACAAAAUUGGAGAGAAAAGUAGAAAGGACAAUUAAGGCACUAGAGCUACUGAACAAAAAUAUAAAGAAGGCUCGGCUCCGGCAGGAAAGCCUGCUACAAAACAGCAGGUUUCUCCAAGAGCAGGGGCUCUAUCUAGAGAAUGAGAACAGAUACAUUGUGGAAUUUCUAAAAAAAUGGAAUGAGCAGUGUAAAAAGAAACACGAGGACCACUGGAAUGAGUAUUCUCAGGAAUGUGGGGAGAUUAAGAGACAGAAGCAAGAACUGAUGUCCAAAUUUGCCCAGAAAAAUGCAGACCUUCAAACAGAGAUCUUGAAGAGGAAACACACCCAAUUCGAGCUGGCACAACAGAUUCAGUCACUGAAGCACAUUUCCUUGGUAAAGGAGAACCAGGAGAUGAGAAUCCAGGCGUUACAGAAGGAACUAGAGGCCAUGAAAGCCGAGACAGCCUUGAAGGCCCAUCAGGCAUGCUUGGAAUUCCUGCAGCUUAAGGCGUGCCUCUACAGAGAGCUGCACACACUAAAACUGCCUCAGGUGGGAGAAUACACCUCCAGCGAGCUUAAGCAAGAGGCCCAGACCUUAGAGUCCAUGGCUAAGAAGCUGAAUUCAGAGCUGAAUGUUAGCAUCAACAGAGAGUUCCAGGAGUUACAGGAGGAAGUGAUGAAUCUGGCUCAGAAACACUACAAGCUACAGUCUAUAAAGAGGAAGCUAGAGAAGUGGAAAAAGCAACUGAAGGAGGAACAAUGGUAUCAAGAAGCCUUAGCUAGAGGGAGAGGACACCUUAAGGCAAAGAGUAAGAGAUGUCCCGAGAAUAUGUCCCGAAGCCACAUUGGCCAUCCUUCAUGCACCAAAUCAAGAAUAAAGCCAAUGCAAUUUAUAAGUCAGAGAAGUAAGAAUUGGAACUGCUAG